ACGCAGGGCCGUGGCUGGGCUCCAUGCUCUCAUCCACAGGAGGAGAUGGCCCAAGAAGUGAACCUAGAUUCUCUGAAGGAGCUGGAACGAGAGGCCAUUCUGCAGGUCCUGUACCGAGACCAGGCUGUCCAAAGCAUAGAGGAGGAGAGGAUACGGAAACUGCAAACGCAGCUGCAGCACCUGCGGUGGAAAGGGGCGAAGAGUGCUGGCCGGGAGUACACAGGGAAGUCCUGCGCCCGCUGCCAGAGCGUGCUGGGCCUUCUGCUGCACCGGGGCGCCGUGUGCCAGGGCUGCAGCCACCGCGUGUGCUCCAAGUGCCGCGUGUUCCUGAGGGGGACGCACGUCUGGAAGUGCACUGUGUGCUUCGAGGACAGAAAUGUGAAAAUAAAAACUGGACAAUGGUUCUUUGAGGAACGAGCAAAGAAAUUUCCAAAUGAAGGCAAACACGAGACAGUGGGAGCAAAGCUCUUGCAAUCUUAUCAGAAGCCCAGCAAAAUUUCUGUGGUUCCUCCUACGCCACCUCCCUUCAGCAAGAGCCAGUGUGGCAGCAGCCCUGGCAGGUUACAGGAACUUGGUCAGUUUAAAGGAUUUAAUAAGUCCGUGGAAAAUUUGUUUCUGUCUGUUGCCACCCACAUAAAAAAGCUCUCCAAGUCCCAGAAUGACAUGACUUCUGAGAAGCAUCUCCUGGCCACGGGCCCCAGGCAGCAUGCAGGCAGGACAGAGAGACGGAGCCAGUCUGACACUGCCGUCAACGUCACCACCAGGAAGGUCCCCACACUAGAUGUUCUGAAGCCUCUCAAUCAACAGGACUCCAAAAGUGCUACUCUCCCUGUUUUGAAGCAAGGAAAUCACGCAGCCAAUCUGAUGCCCCGCAGGUCUUUCUCUGGAGGUUCAAGACACGGAAGUUUAAUUAGCAUUAACAGCACUUGUACAGAGAUGGGCAAUUUUGACAACGCUAAUGUCACUGGAGAAAUAGAAUUUGCCAUUGGUUAUUGCUUCAAAACCCACUCUUUAGAAAUAUGCAUCAAGGCCUGUAAGAACCUUGCCUAUGGAGAGGAAAAGAAGAAAAAGUGCAAUCCGUACGUAAAGACCUACCUGCUUCCUGACAGGUCUUCCCAGGGAAAACGCAAGACUGUAGUCCAAAGGAACACGGUGGACCCGCACUUUCAGGAGACCUUGAAGUAUCAGGUGGAUCCUGCCCAGCUGGUGACCCGGUGGUUGCAGGUCUCUGUGUGGCACCUGGGCACGCUCACCCGGAGAGUGUUUCUUGGAGAAGUGAUAAUUCCUCUGGCUACGUGGGACUUCGAAGACAGUGCGACACAGUCUUUCCACUGGUAUCCGCUCAGGGCCAAGGCUGAGAAACAUGAAGAUGGCGUUCCUCAGAAUAAUGGAGAACUCGCAGUCCGGGCUAAGUUGGUCCUCCCUGCAGGGCCCAGAAACUCCCAGCAGGCUCCAGAAGGGACAGAUGAGCCACCACCUAAUGGUCAACUCUGUUUGGUAGUGCUGGGAGCCAAGAAUUUACCUGUGCGGUCGGAUGGUACCUUAAAUUCAUUUGUGAAGGGCUGUCUCACUCUGCCAGACCAACAAAGACUGAGACUGAAGUCCCCAGUCGUCAAGAAGCAGGCUUGUCCCCAGUGGAAACACUCCUUUGUCUUCAGCGGUGUGACGGCGUCGCAGCUGAGGCAGGCGAGCCUGGAGUUAAGUGUCUGGGACCACGCUGUCUUUGGGGUGAACGAUCGCCUGCUGGGGGCGGCCAGACUCGGGCCAAAGGGAGAUGCCCUUGGUGCUGCGGACUCAUGUGCACAGUCGAAGCUUCACUGGCAGAAAGUUCUUUCCAGCCCCAAUCUGUGGACUGACAUGACGCUCACCCUGCACUGAGGUGAAGGCUCCACCGCUCCGGGCUAAAUGGGUGUGAAGAGAGGGGCUAAGAACUGGGUGUGGGGCCACAGCUGGAAAAGACUCCCGGAUGCAGUCUCCACCUACAGUCUGGCCGUGUGGCUAAGACACCUGUUGGUGACUCUGUAUUUAAAUUAAAC